UCCAACACAUUCAGCAGCAGCAUCAACAUCAGCUCCAGCAGCAAAUACAACAACAGCAACACAUUCAACAGCAGCAUCAACACAUUCAGCAGCAACUGCAGCAACAAAUGCACCACCAACAUCAAACGCAGCAUCAGAUGCAACAACAUCAGCAGCAGCAGCAGCAGCAGCAGCAGCAGCAGCAGCAGCAGCAGCAGCAGCAGCAGAGCGUCCCUAAGAAGCCCCCCAAACCGGUGAAAAAGAAUCAUGGUUGCGACAUGUGCGGCAAGGCCUUCAGAGACGUGUACCACCUCAACCGCCACAAGCUGUCGCACUCGGACGAGAAGCCGUUUGAGUGUCCCAUCUGCCAGCAGAGGUUCAAGAGGAAGGAUCGCAUGACCUACCACGUCCGCUCCCAUGACGGCGGAGUUCACAAGCCUUACAUCUGUUCCGUCUGUGGGAAGGGCUUCUCAAGACCUGAUCAUCUAAGCUGUCACGUAAAGCACGUCCAUUCUUCAGAGAGGCCAUUUAAGUGCCAAGUAACGGCUUGUACCUCUGCAUUCGCGACCAAAGACCGUUUGCGCUCCCACAUGAUAAGGCACGAAGGCAAAGUGACCUGCAACAUCUGCGGCAAAAUGUUAAGCGCUGCCUACAUCACGAGUCACCUCAAGACGCACGGCCAGGCCAGCUUCAGCAACCCGUGUAACAAUAAAGGCAUAAGUGACUGGCAGUGGAACCACUCAGGGCCACGAAAAGGUGAGUUGACGGUAGGAGAGAUUUUAAAUAACUCCUUCCAAGUCCUAAUUGACAACUCUCACAGAGAUGCCAACAACGUGCACAACAACUCGGCGAGUACGACGGCGGUCACACAUUCCGCGGCCAUCACCUCGGCUUUGAAUCGCGGAGGCCUCAUCGGCAACCCCAUCACCAUCGCUGCUCAGAUGAACAUCGCCACCAGCACGGUGAACAUCACGUCACAGAUGAACCUGCAGCACCCCGUCACCAUCACCGGCCCUGUGAACCUGGCCUCCAUCAACAUCCCCACGACAGCACACAUGAAUAUCGCUCACCCCGUGGCCAUCACCUCUCCCAUGUCCAUGAAUCUCACCGGGCCCCUCAACAUCGCCAUGAGGCCCAUGGAUAGCAUGCCUUUUCUAUCCCAAGUCCUGCCUUCCUCCCCUCCUUGGUAGAGCUUAUUUUCUUUUUUAGCUUAUGUAAACGCUGAUAAUGUUAACUGCCAAAUAAUAGACGAGCACGUCAAAUCUUAGUCAAAUGUUCCUUUGGACGAGUCAAGAAGGUAAUAACUAAUGUAGUACAAACUCAUAGAUAGUAACAAAUGAUUGCUAUUUGCAGGGGUGACGCAUUCUUUAUUUUAUUUGUACGAGUAGAAAAAAAAAACGUUCAUAUAUUCUUACUCAUGAUAGAGAAAUAAUAUUGCGACAGUCUCUCAUUGCAGAGAAUCAGCAUAUGAAAUAAUGUAAGCUGCCUUCCGCGCGAGAAUGGCAAACUUUAACCACUUAUCUUUCAUAGUAUGUUUUUUUUUUAAAAUCAUUUUUAUUUUAGAUUUUGUAAUAUAGGACAAUUCUAGAUAUUUUAUCGAAGUGAGAUGGGAAUUUCUGUUUUUGCUACCCAUUAAAUGUAUUACCUGUCACAUUUAAGAUACUUCAUCACAUUGAUGCAAACAUACUGUAAAUCAGGUUAACCAUAAAGAAGUCUAGCAACAUUGGCCUAAUACACUCAAAUGAAAAGAUGUAGCAACAUUUCUGACAGAUCAAGUUAUUAUCCUCUCAAAUCAUGCGUUAUAAUGCUCUUCCCUGGUCUAUGGUGUAACUCACCUGGGUCGGACUUCUUAGGGCCAUUCCCGUUUCAAACAUGAAAAGAGAAACUGGUUUGACAAAAAAAAUCAGUUUACUUCUUUUUCUUAUUGAGGUUUGACCCACUGUCUGUUCAAAGACAGUUUUAAGUGCCAGAUAAGUUUGGCCUCUCAUCUCUUUCGUCUGAUCGAGAACAUGAUAUCAAGUUGUAAGCUCCAUAAAGGCUAGAAAAUGAUCCUAAAGAUCACAUUAACAAGUGAAACCAUUUAGAAGAAGAAGGAACUUUCUUAUCCGAUAAUUAGAAUUUGUUUCCUUUACUGCCCGAAUAACCCAAAACAUCUCACCAGCCACACACUUAACGGACGGAUGUUUUUGGACAUUUUCCGCAGAUAUUCUGUGUAAAUAAUGACCAUUUUAUGCCAAAGAUUUUCUAACUAGUUUCCCCCUAAACGCUAUAUUUUAAAAGAUUAGGGGAAAACCAUAAAACACCAUUAAACCCUCAUAAGACACACAACUCUCCUUUUUGAAACACAGAUGAAAUGGCGCCUUAUGCGGAGGAGUCUGAUCUCUGUUUCCUUAGAAGCCACCUCUACCCAUAAUAUCCGAUUCUGUUACAUUUCUUUGCGUUAACGGUUACAUGAACAGGUUUUAUUACACUCCUUUAAAACCAAAAGACUUCCUUUGACUUUAGUUUGAAAUUAUUGGGCAGUUAUUACAAUAUCAGCUGCUACUUUUUCACCAUAUUUGUUUUUAUUUAUCCAUUGCCUACUCCUUUUUUCAAACUCGGGUAGUAGGUUUUACUAUUACAGAUAGUUGAGGGUGAGCGUAUUGCAGCAGUGUUGGCAUAAAACACAUUAUAGGCUGUGGAGACGCACACCCUUUUAGAGUUCUCUCUCUUUUAUUUAACCGCUGAAGGACGGUGUCGAUCUCGUAAAAGUGAACGACAAGUGAUUUUUUUCAACUGGGCAUCUGACUUGGAACGUGGGUGACACUUUACCCUCCUCCAUUAGGCUUUGUUUUAAAGCUCCUUAAACCUGAAGUGUACUGGAGUUGUACUUAAAUGCUUCCUCUUCAGGCAGAUUUAGUUUGUUUCCGUUGUUAUUUUUAGUGGACUUAUCAGUAUUUGAUAGUUUAUGUAUUUUAAAGUUUAACGAAAGAAAAACAAAGCUUCCAUUUCAGGGGGGAGGGGGGGGGUGUGAGUCGACGGUUCAGAGGCUGUUUUAGACCCAUCAACUAUCCCCUCCCCACCAUGUUUAUGUUUUUAAAUGGCUGGAAACCAGUCAGUGGUCACUGCUGGUUACUCUACACUAGUGACUUCUGUUUGGGAAUGUUUGUAUGUAUUUAUAUCAGGACAUGACAGUUGAAGGUACAACAAAGAGGAAAUGUCUUGUACUCAAAGCGUGUCCCCUACCGUUUGCCCUUUAAAUGGCAGUAUUAUCAGAGAUCAACAUUUUUUACAUUUGAAUUGAUUUUUUCUUCUUUUUUAAACUGUAGAGGUCAAGAGAGCUACCCAGUGGCUCCCUAUAAUGAAAGCAGUCCCCAAGUGAACUCGUAUGUUCAUUCAUAUUGUUUACUUCAGCAGGUUUAGGAUCCCAUCACUGUCAGUCCAACUCAGGAAGGUUACUGAGAAUAGUCUUUAAAAGAAAAACAUGGCCAUUUCUUUGUAAAUAUGAAACACUAUUUGAUUGCCUUUUUACCCGUGGGAGAGGGAGCAUCUCUACUUCCACAGGCUAGCAAUGCAAGAACUACAUCACUGAUGUGGCCGUCCAUCCCAGGAGAGACAUGAGCAGCAACUGAAGGAUAAGGCUGGUGUCGGUACCUUUCCAUCAUCAAAUCCCUUCAAAAAAAGGUUUAACAUGGGAACAAGAAUGAUCUGUGCAGCUAUGGCUUCUUCAAAUA